AUGAACGGAGACAAAAAAUAUGGUAGUAUUUUGCAACGAACUUGCCACUUUGAGCAGCCAUUUGCAUAUAUUUGUUUGAACAAUCAGUUACAUCAAUACUGCUCAUAUUGCUUAAGGAAACCUGACAGCAAAAAGUUGUAUAAAUGUUCGAAAUGUGAAUUGUCUCGUUACUGUAAUAAAGAAUGUCAGAGGUCAGCUUGGAAAGAUCACAAAGCUGAAUGUCGACGACUGCAGGCAGUUUAUCCAAAUUUACCGCUUUCUGAGGUUUUGUUUCUCAGUCGAAUUAUCGACAAAGUGUUAUUUCUUGAGGAAAAUGGUGAUAAAUUUGGCUGGCAAAAAUGCAGAGAAUGGAAGGCUUUGAUGGGUCACGAGGAUGAUAUCCGGAGUGACGAGCUCAAGUAUGCUCAUUUUGAGAAAAUUUACGGCAAAAUGGCAUUGUAUCGAAAAGAAGAAAUGAUUAGUAAAGAAAAGUUUUAUCAAAUCUUUUGCAAAACAACGAUUAACUCCCAUGCGAUUCACACUAGCAUCGGAUGGGAAACUGGCAUAGCGCUCGAUCUAGGUGUUUCAAAAUAUGAUCAUUCCUGUCGUCCUAAUUGUUCACUAGUAUUUGACGGAUUCUAUGCUUGCUUACGAUCUUUGACACCCGAAAUAAAUGCUUCUGAUCCAUCCAAGGCACAUAUCAGUUACAUCGACGUGGGUCGUUCCCGUUAUCAUCGUCAAAAAGAGCUUAAAGAGAAAUGGUAUUUUGAUUGUCGUUGCGAACGUUGUACAGAUCCAAUGGACGACGUGCUAACGUCUAUCUGUUGUACAAACAAAAAUUGUGAUGAACCACUGCUAAUAACAGAAAAUUCAGAAAUAUCAGAUAUUUUAUGCCCUAAGUGUGAACACAUUACUCCUGAAAAUCAUGUGAAAAUGUGUCAGGAGUUAAUGCUUAGUCUUCCCGUACAGUUCUUAACAGAAACAGAUCCCAACGAAAUCCAACUCAAGCUUAAUGAAGCACUUAGAUAUUUGCACCCCAAAAAUGUUUACGUGACACGGUUGAGAGCUGCGCUCUUGCAUUUUAAUGGAUCUGUUCAAGAUAAUUUGCUAUUUGUCCAAAAAAGCGUAUAUGAAAAUUAUAGACUAUGCUUCCCACGCUCCGAUAGACAUGUAGCUUUUCAACUACUACAUAUCGUCAAAUCAUACAUCGAGAAAGGCGAACGCCAAGAAGCAAGUUUACCUUCCUUUAUUGUUACUCAAACUGUUCUUUACACGUUUACAUUAGACGCAGUGUCAUAUGCAUAUGAUGCGAUGUGUAUAUUUGAAGUAUGUUUCGGUCUAAAUCAUCCAUAUUACUUGCAAACCCUUGCACUCUGGACAUUUUUGGAUCAGAGUAUCCCCAAGAGUGACCAAGAAUUGUUUGCUCUCAUGAAUUUCCAGUUCAGUAAACCCAUUGAUUUGACCCCUUUUCUGCUUAAGAAAUUGAACAAGUAA